AUUGGGUCUGUUUUUCGAUCAGUGUAGCCGAUUUUGUGUACGGUUUAGUAUUGAUUUUUUUGAACAAAAUAUUUACAGAAAUAGUUGCUGAUUGGAUCAAUUAUUGCUGAUACCGUUAUUUAUUUAUAAAAUGUGAUUGAUCAGAGCACACUCAUGCUUGAAAUGGGCUAUUCACCGCCUCUGGAAGGUUCUUGACUUGAAGUGAUCCUUAUCGAAAAAACUGCUCGUUGAAGUCUGUGUCUAAAGCUUGAGUAUGGUCUCUCCAGAAACUGCUAGUUACAGCUGGUUGUUGACAGGUAGAAAGUUUCUAAACAAACCGGAACGAAGAAAGCAUUGACCUAACUAGUCUGAUGAAAAUGACUUCAUGUCCGCUUGAAAGAAAGAGGUUCUUCUGCCGCGAGUGGGCGUUUGUGAAGCUAUCGCACUGUUUGGAGCAGAGAGGCUUGUCGAAAACAUGUGGUGCUGUAAUAGUAGGAGGUCCAGGUUCCGGCAAAACUGCCCUUUGUUGUGAGAUAGCUAGUCCCAGUCCCGGACCCACCGGCCGUCCCCAGCGAAGUCUCAACCGGCGACUCCUAGCGCAUCACUUUUGUCAGGCACACGAUGUCAAAACCCUAGCAGUUGCCGAUUUUAUUCUCAGUCUAGUCGAACAGCUAUCCUCCAAACUCGCCAACAUCUCCCAAGACUUUUGUAACCGAUUGAGAACUGAUCCUGAAAUACUCGCCUUAUUAAAUAGAGAUAGUUUAUUAAAAGAUCCUGACAAUGUGUUCAGGAAAGCCGUUCUGUUACCACUAUCCGAUAUCCGACCAGUACUCAACCAGUGCUACAUUAUCCUUGUCGAUUCAAUCGACGAAUUCCAUGUCUCCGGUCCGAAGUUCGAGAGGAAGUGCCGAAAUUCGACUAGUCGAACUAUCGGCGAACUGUUGGCCAACAAUCAUCAUCUCCUACCACAAUGGAUUCUGUUGGUGAUAACCGCUCGUCGUCAAAGCAAAGCGAUUGCAAAAACGUUCUCUGGGUUUCGGAAAAUAAGUCUAGAUGAUCUCAGAAAAUCACAGGUUGUUAGAGACGUCCAGCAGUAUAUUCUAUCUCGUUUGGAGAAUGAGGAAUCGUUGCGACAGCAUAUGUGCCGAGGAACAGCUGAGACCUUGAACCAGCUCCAUAUAAAGAGCAAUGGCUGUUUUCUGUAUCUGGAACGGGUACUGGAUGGUGUAGCUGAUGGCUGUAUUGUUUUAAGAGAAGUCAAAGAAAUUCCGGGCACCCUGAAUGGAUUGUACCUGUGGUUGUGUCAGCGGCUACUCAACUCUAAACAUUUUUCCAAAGUACGUCCAUUGUUGAACAUCAUACUCGCUUCAGAACAGCCUUUGACAGAGAAGGAGGUAUGCAGCAUCCUCAAUGUCUCACAGCCGAAUUUGACCGGUGACGAGUUGCACCGGUGUUGCCAGAUUGUGCGGAGGGUUCUGUGUGUGUCACGGGAUGAAACACUGCGGCCGUUCCAUCACUCGUUUUCCGAGUGGCUAAUUGACGUCAAGCAUUCAACGCAGAGAUUUCUCUGCUCUCCAGCCAGUGGUCACGCUAUGAUCGCAAUGUACCUUACCUUGAGGGGUACAUCAUUGAGCAGUGAUGAAAUGCACAGUCUAGCCCUGCAUCUGAGUUGCUUGCCAGUUGACACCAAGCUGACACCUCUGCUGUGUUUGUGGCUGAUCGGCAGUGGGGCCCCCCUGGAGCAAUGGACUGGCCCUGGACCCGGCUGCGAUCUGCGAGCUACCAGGCUCAUCCAGGACGCCAAAGUUAACCUAGCUGUUGAACCCGUUGCCGCAGCUGCUGUCCCACAGGAAGAAGAAGAGGAAGAAGAUUCUGGAAAUUUGAUGAUGGCGGAGUUAUGUCAAGCGGUAACUGAGAGCAGCCCUCUUGAAAGAAACCUCCACGCCUUGGCUGCGGAGAAUAACUACCUACUCAUGGAGUGUGUUCUGGCAGAAGGAACGGCUUCUGUCAAUGAAACAGACAGGCAUGGUCAGACUCCGUUCAAUGUGGCUGCUAGACUUGGCCAUGUUGAAGUCGUUAAGCUGUUGUUGUCUGCUAAUGCUGACGUUAAUCAUGCGGACUGCGAUGGAUGGACUGCACUAAGAGCUGCCGCUUGGGGCGGUCACACGCGGGUGGUCCAAUUGCUUCUGAAAGCGGGAGCCAAUGUUGACUUUUGUGAUACCGACCAAAGAACUGCUCUGAGAGCUGCUGCUUGGGGUGGACAUCAGGAAGUUGUGACCUGUUUACUAGCUGCUGGAGCGGAUGUUAAUAAGACUGAUAAUGAAGGCAGAACUGCUCUGAUAGCAGCUGCAUAUAUGGGCCAUGCUGACAUCGUUGAGCGAUUGCUCGACUAUAAUGCUGAUAUCGAUCAUGAGGAUAACGAUGGUCGAACUGCUCUCAGUGUUGCUGCCUUGUGUGUUCCUAUUAGUGAAGGCUAUACAAAGGUUGUCAAUAUUCUCAUCGAAAGAGGUGCAACAGUUAGUCAUGAAGACAAGGAGGGAAUGACUCCACUUCUUGUCGCUGCAUUCGAAGGUCACAGUGACAUCUGUGAACUUCUGUUAGAAGCCGAAGCAGACGUUGAUCACUGUGAUCAUGCGGGAAGAACUCCACUGUGGGCAGCCGCUUCAAUGGGACAUGCCAAUGUGGUGGCCAUGCUGCUAUUUUGGGGCUGCUAUGUCGAUAGUAUCGACAAUGAGGGAAGGACUGUUCUUAGCGUGGCGGCCGCCCAGGGCAACACUAGUGUUGUCAACCAACUUCUCGAAAGAGGACUUGACGAGCAGCACAGGGAUAACUCAGGUUGGACCCCACUGCACUACGCUUGCCUAGAGGGUCACAGGGAUGUAGCGGCUGCCCUGAUUGAGGGAGGAGCUCAGGUCAACCAGACUGACAACGACUCCCGUACUCCUCUGCUGCUAGCUGCACAAGAAGGCCAUUCUCAGCUCAUCAUAGAUCUCAUCGAGAACUACGCAGCUGAUGUCAACCACAGAGCUUUAGAUGGCACAACGGCCCUCAGGUUAGCAGCAGUUCAAGGAGACAAAGAAGUUGUAAAUAUAUUAUUAGAACAUGGUGCUGAUGUAAAUGCCAAAGAUGCAGAUAGCAGGACAACACUCUACAUUUUAGCCCUUGAAAACAGAGUGGAGAUGGCCAGAUAUCUCAUUGAACAGGGUACUGCUGAUGUGGAAGCUAGGGAUUCAGAGGGAAGGACCGCUUUACAUGUGAGCGCAUGGCAGGGUCACAGAGACAUCGUUAAUUUAUUACUAACCGUUGGUCAGACAGAUGUGAAUGCUGUCGACAAUGAACAUCGUACAGCUCUCCACUCCGCCGCCUGGCAAGGGCAUUGUCACAUUGUUCAGCUGCUGCUAGAACACGGUGCAGAACCUAACCAUACUUGCAAUCAAGGAGCCACACCUCUCGGAAUUGCCGCCCAAGAAGGACACGAAGAGUGUGUCAAAUUGCUACUGGCAGUGGGGGCUGAUCCAGCCCACUCCGACCAUUGUGGACGGAAUGCUAUGAAAGUUGCUGCCAAGAGUGGACAUUUGGCAGUUGUUCGAAUGCUGGAGCAGGCCCAAGCUAACUUGGAUAGCGGUUUGGGAAUUGCGAUUGGGUCUUCAAUAUGCCCCAGUGCUCCUCCGUCUUGCUCGCCUGAGUUUUCGCUGGAAUCCACUGUUAAAAGACGGUCAUUGGUUUCUUCAGACAGUAGUAAUUUGACUAAUAGCACAAAGAGUUCUAUCAAGGAUCAGCAGUUUGAACGAUGUUCCAAGAAAUCGAGUAUUUUGAGUCGAUUGCAAGUACAGCCACCAAGUCCAAUUUAUGCAUCACCUCCAGAUAGUCCUAGUCCACCAAAUCCAUGCCAAGACCACUUCUCUCGGGACACUCAUAUGAGGAUUAUUCUUGGCAAUAAUAAAACAUCACCCAAACGAGUCAAUGGAAGCAGCAAACCAAAACGAAACGGCAUUGUCACAAAUCCAGCAUUGCGGAUUCUUCCAGCUAUCAAAAAUGGCUUAGAAAUGGCUGCUGGACGUCAAGUGAACAAUGCUACUACAACUAAUAGUUUCCAGUGGCGUAAGGAAACACCAUUGUAGAGUAAAGUGAGAGUCAAUGGUACUAGUCUACAUUCCUACGAAAGGUUUUGGCAACCUAUAUUAGAUUUUUAGAAUUAUGUGACUCAAAAAUAUUUAAGUUAGUUAUUUGUGGUUCAAAUUGUAUAAACUAUUCUGUUAAGAAUCACCAAUUAGGCCAAUUUAGAGAUAAGUUUCACAACCAACUCGUUUAUCAAAGUUUUUCUAGAUUAUCAAUGAGAAAAUAUUCUUGUAAGCUAAGUAGCUGAUAUACAUUAAUACUAAUUUCAAUGCAAAAAUGUAUCAAAUGUAUAGAGUCCCAUUAUAAUAUUCUAAUUCGUUCGUCUAAAUAGAAAGAUUCAAUGGAUCUAUAAGAUCAAAGUACAACAUUUAAAUCAAAAACCUCACAGUUUAGUGUUAUUUUCAAGCUGGAUAUAUUCGAAUAUAUUAUAUUUAGAUGCCCUGCACUAUUGUGUUGAAAUGCUUGUAUCAAUUAUUUAUUAUUUCCUGUUUUUUUUUGUUUUUUUUUUUUUUUUUGCUCGAUAUUAAAUGUUUAUUUGCACAAAUCUGUAAUCGCACAAUGCAUAACACCGUUGCAGAAAGUACAACAACUAUAGUAUUUCACGUGCUUUUUAAUAUUUUUAAUCGUGCCAACAAUAGUCUUCCGUUGAGCCAAUUAUAUUUGAAUGUUGUAAAAAACACUAAAUUCAUUAUAACACAUUUUCUGAGUUGUAUCAUAAUCAAAUUCACUACGCCAAUCACAAACGCAUCAUAAUCAUCCUUCUCUCUGUUGUAAGAAUUACAUUUUCAGGAUUUUUAAAUUCCUAUAGUUUAAAGGUACUACUAUUUCCCCAAUUCAUUAUUUAUUUUAUUUCACAGUAAAUCUGUUGGUAAUACGGGUGUAGGGUAACGAAUCUUUCCUAACUCUAUCUACUUUCAAAAAGACUUAUGGUUAAAUACAGUAAUAGUUGUCAGUAUAAUAGUGAAGAUGAAAUUUCAUUAAAAUAAAACUCCACAUCAUACCUGUAUAAAAUAUACACCGCAGAACUAUGUUCGUUAAAUGUGAGUAAAACCAUUCAUAUUAGUGAGUUCUUAUAAAUAUAGUCAUAUUAAUACACAAUACAUCACUUUUGUAGUAAGUUCUGGAUUACGGUACAUCUAUUUUUUGGGAAAAUAUUUCUCAGCAUGAACAUAAUUUUGGAAUGGAUAUCGAGUAAGUAUAACUAGGCCUGAUUUAUUUUGAAUUUUAUCUGUUCAUUCAAAUAUCUUUGAAUGGGAAAUGGUAUUGUCUGAACCAGAAACAUUUAGCUAUGUUUUUUCAAGUACAAAGUACUAUCUUGAGACUGUGAUGUUUACUUCUGUAAUCAUAUCUCCAUGCCAGAAAUUCUCCUUUACAUUGAAACUAUGAGGUUGCAUAUUGUCACUAGUUUUUUUUUUUUUUUUUUUUUUUUUUUUUUGUUUGUUUCUAAAUAUAACAAAACAUUUUCUACUUAAUGAAAAUUGGUGGAAUACAAAACAAUACAGAAUACAAAUAAAAUAUUUAUUUGUAAAUAAUGUAAAGAAUACGUUAUUCACUACAGUAGAUUUGUCUCAGUCUUGAUAAGAGAUUUGUGAAGUAUAGUUUAUACUCAAGACUAAUUAUGUAAUGAUUGAAUAGCCUACGUGUGUGACUUGUUUAAAUUUAUCUAAGUAGGAAUUUUGACUGAAUUUUUAGAAAAUUUUCAACAAUUUAAAUUCUAUUUCAACUUUACCGAAGCUAAGUGUACAGUGUUUGUUGUCAUGAUGUUAGCUUGAGAAAUAUUAAAGAAUAAUCUUGGAAUUUACAAUAAUUCAAGACAAAAAACAAAAAUGUUAAAAAGUUACUGUAAAUUAUUUCCAUUUUCAAUUUAUCGUAUUAAUAUUGAAAGUUAGUGGACUAUUUAGAUGCAACAGAAGAUUGAGAGGUAAUGUAACUUCACAUUACUUGAUUUACUGUUUCCUAAAACCUCUUGAAAAUAUUGAUCUCUUGAACUUCCACUUUCACGUCGGUUGAAUUGAUAUUAAACCAACAAUUUUACCGACGUCAACUUGUAAAUGCAGCGCUAAGUAUCUUUUCUGUACUUCC